GUGAGAGUGUGGGGAGAAGGUUCGGGGAAGCUGGGGAGAAAUCGCUGAGUGUUAGUUGCUGGUGCAUGGCGUAGUUAUCGGAAGGAGGAGCAGAUUACUUGAGGGCCGAUAAGAAGUUAGCAUUUGUUAUUGGUCUUAGCGUCAGAUCGCUGUCAGCCAUGAGGAGCCGGAGUAAUUCUGGUGUCCGCCUGGACAGAUACGCCAAGCUUGUACAUCAAACCAUCCUUUGUCACCAGAAUGCAGUAACGGGCCUUCUGCCAGCCAGCUGUGAAGAAAAGGAUGCAUGGGUGAGAGACAAUGUUUACACAGUACUGGCUGUAUGGGGUCUGAGCCUUGCAUACAGGAAGAAUGCUGAUCGGGAUGAAGACAAAGCCAAAGCUUACGAGCUUGAACAGAAUGUGGUCAAAUUGAUGAGAGGUUUGCUUCAAUGUAUGAUGAGACAGGUUUCCAAAGUAGAAGAAUUUAAGUACAGCCAAAGUACAAAGGAUAGUCUCCAUGCCAAGUAUAACACUGCCAAUUGUUCAACUGUAGUAGGUGAUAACCAGUGGGGUCACCUGCAGCUUGAUGCAACAUCCAUUUACCUGCUGUUUUUGGCACAGAUGACGGCAUCUGGGCUGCAUAUCAUCUAUACUCUGGAUGAAGUGACCUUUAUACAGAACUUGGUGUUUUAUAUAGAAGCUGCCUAUAAAACUGCUGACUUCGGAAUGUGGGAACGGGGUGACAAAACCAACCAAGGCAUUUCCGAACUUAACGCAAGCUCAGUGGGCAUGGCUAAGGCAGCCCUGGAAGCAUUGGAUGAACUAAAUUUGUUUGGUGCUAAGGGAGGACCCCAGUCUGUAAUCCAUGUAUUAUCUGAUGAGAUCCAGCACUGCCAGUCAAUCCUACACUCCAUGCUCCCCAGGGCUUCCACAUCCAAGGAAAUAGAUGCAGGUGUUCUAUCCAUCAUCUCAUUCCCAGCCUUUGCUGUCGAAGAUCUUCAACUGGUGCAGCUCACCAAGCAGAAGAUAAUCGAUAAGUUGCAGGGUCGUUAUGGCUGUUGUAGAUUUCUCAGAGAUGGAUACCGGACACCAAAAGAGGAUCCUACCAGAUUAUAUUAUGAACCUGCUGAGCUGAAACUUUUUGAAAAUAUUGAGUGUGAGUGGCCGCUCUUUUGGACCUACUUUAUCCUGGAUGGAAUAUUUAUUGGCAACAUAGAGCAGGUUCAAGAAUACAGGGAAGCCCUUGAAGGUGUUCUAAUUAAAGGGAAAAACGGUGUGUACUUGGUUCCAGAACUGUAUAGUGUCCCAGGAGACAACGUAGAUGAAGAAUACAAGCACCCCCAUACAGUGGAUCGGGUACCCAUGGGGAAGCUGCCUCACAUGUGGGGCCAGUCACUUUAUAUUCUAGGCUGCUUAAUGUCAGAGGGUUUCCUAGCUCCUGGAGAGAUUGAUCCACUCAAUAGAAGAUUUUCUACUGUUCCCAAACCAGAUGUAGUUGUUCAAGUAACUGUUCUUGCGGAGACAGAGGAGAUCCAAGCUAUUCUAAAGAAUAAUGGGAUUGAGGUGGAAACAGUGGCUGGCGUGUACCCCAUCCGAGUACAGCCUGCAAGAAUCCUAAGCCACAUCUACGCUAGGCUGGGACGCAACAGAAAGAUGAAUCUAAGUGGGAGACCGUACAGGAAUAUGGGUGUCUUGGGAACCUCCAAACUCUAUACCAUACGCCAAAACAUUUUUGCCUUCACCCCUCAGUUUAUAGACCAGCAACAGUUCUACCUCGCUUUGGAUAACAGGAUGAUCGUUGAAAUGUUGCGUACUGACCUGUCUUACCUGUGUAGCCGGUGGAGAAUGACUGGUCGCCCAACUGUUAUCUUUCCAAUCUCCCAAACUAUGCUGGAUGAUUCUGGCACAGAUUUAGACCCAGUAGUACUUGCCACUCUUCGCAAAGUGCAAGAUGGAUACUUUGGAGGGGCCAGAACUCAGACAGGUCGCCUAUCGGACUUCCUGACCACAUCAUGCUGCAAACACCUGAGCUUCAUGGACUCUGGAAUGGAGGGUAAGCUGUGCGCCUGGGGGAGUGGUGGCAACAGUGGUCAACCAAUCAUCGUGCGGGAGCCGGAUACGCCCCUGCAUGUGGCCCCAACAGCCGAUGAUGAUGACACUGAUGAUGAAGUUGCUCAGUAUCUUAGCCAUUUAUUGGGCAGCACCUCUACACGGCCAGCUCCCAUUUCGAAGCGCGGAGGCCGGCAACGUUUUCGAGCGGCUAUCCACAGCACCCGGGAUAUUCUGUCUCUCCGUAGCAAGGCCAGGGGUCUCAAUGUGCAGAAUUUGCAAAUGUAUCUUCCUACCAAACUCUUCCAGGCCUCACAGCCAUCAGUCGAUCUGUUGAACACUCCUCCAACAGAGCAUGCCACAAGCAAGAUUCCAGCUAUCAAUGCAGAGAUGUAUCUACCUCAAGAUUCAACUGGGAAGGUAGACUAUGCUGCUCUAGUAGAUCUGCUCAGGGAAACCCCCGAUGUGCAGGAGCAAAUGGAUAUCCUAUACAUACUGCAUACAAUGAAGGGAGCAGACUGGGACACUCAGAUUUAUGGCCAGCCUGGUGUGACUGUAAAGGAUCUGCUUGAGGAGCUCUAUGGUAAAGUAGGAACGACACGGCAAUGGGCUCUGAUCCGCAGCAUCUCUGGGAUACUGAAAAAGAAAGUGGAGGCUCUAGAUGAGGCCUGCACAGACCUUCUGUCUCACCAGAAGCAGCUCACAGUGGGGCUUCCUCCAGAGCCACGGGAGAAAACUAUAACUGCUCCCCUCCCUUAUGAAAAACUAAUUUAUUUAAUUGAUGAAGCCAGCGAGCAAAAUAUGAGUAUAUCCAUCCUUACUCAGGAAAUCAUGGUGUACCUGGCCAUGUAUAUGAGGACGCAGCCUUCACUGUUUGCUGAGAUGUUCCGCUUGCGCAUUGGACUCAUUAUCCAGGUCAUGGUUACAGAGCUCUCCCAUUCACUGCGCUGCUCUGCUGAAGAGGCAACAGAGAGUCUUAUGAACCUCAGCCCAUCUGACAUGAAGAGCCUUCUCCAUCACAUUCUGAGUGGGAAGGAGUUUGGAGUAGAGAGAAGUGUACGAUCCAUGGAUACCAUGGCAAGUCCGGCAAUUUCCAUUCAUGAGUUGGGUGCUGUGGGAGCCACAAAAAGCGAGAGAGCUGGAAUCUCACGGCUAAAGAGUGAGAUAAAGCAGCUGGAUAAACGUAAGAUGUCUCUGGCUCCUGAAUGCCAGGAUACGGAUAUAUUUUCAAUGAUGUCAUUGAAGGUUGGCGACUCUCUCUCUACAUCUGGAGAUCUCUCUUCUUCCACCAUAUCAGACAAUGACAAUGCCAAUGACAGCCGACAGGGGCAGUGGCUCCGGAGGAGGAGAUUGGAUGGGGCUUUAAACAGAGUGCCAGUUGGGUUCUACCAAAAAGUAUGGACAAUCCUACAAAAGUGCCAUGGAUUGUCGGUAGAAGGUUUUGUUCUUCCCUCCUCCAGCACACGUGAGAUGACACCUGGUGAACUCAAAUUUUCUGCUCAUGUGGAAUCGGUUCUGAACCGUGUGCCCCAGCCAGAGUACCGCCAGCUUUUGGUGGAAGCCAUUUUAGUGCUUACUAUACUUGCUGAUGUUGACAUUCAGAGCGUUGGAGGUAUCAUACAUGUGGAGAAGAUUGUGCACAUAGCAAAUGAGCUUUUCUGUCAAGAACAGAAAGCACUUGGUGCAGAUGAUGCAAUGCUGGAAGUUGACCCGGUAACCGGAAUCUGCCCCUUGCUGUAUGACAGUGCCCCUAGUGGGCGCUUUGGGACAAUGACUUACCUUUCUAAAUCUGUUGCAAUCACCCUGCAGGAAUCUCUCCCACAUAGUGGCUGCACCAUGCAAUAAUCUAGGAAGCAUAUGUUGCCUAAAGCUAGAUUACAAAUAAGCACUAUGGAAACCUGGAGAUGCUGUACAUUUUGUCAUACUACCUAUUGUAAUGUGUAGAUUAGAAGUGGUUUUGAUAACUAAGACUCUGUGCUUACCAGUUGUAAUGGUUAAAUCAACUGUUGUGAUCACAAAGGCUUAACAAUGGAUCUAGGUACUAGACCAGCCACUAACUAAUAGACAUGUACUCAUAAACCUACAGUAGGUUGAUGUAAAGUUUUGACUCUCAAAAACUGUUUUCUUUAAGUAUUCUUUUACCAGGAGCUUAAUUUUUAUCUCUAGAAUGCUUGAAUAAACAGAAAAGAGGGGGCAUGUUUCUUGAGCGUGUGCCAUAAAUGACUGGCCUUAGUGUAAGAUGCAGUGGGACUUUUAGGAAUCACUGGUCUUUAGUUUCAGUCACUGUAAAGGGUUGUCUUCAUUUCUUCUAAGUUUUAUUUUAAGUUUACAGUAACUAAAAUGUUUGCUUAGUAAUCCAUCACUUUUGUGAUGUUUUUUUUUUUUUUUUUAAAUGACAUCACUCCAGGAAAAACGGCAAAAAGUUAAAAGGGUAUAUGUUUGGAUUUAGAAUGUGACCAUAUAGCCUUUUAUCAUCCAAGACGGUUAUAAUACAUUCUCAAUUCAAAUCGACCACCAGAAAACGGUCAAUAAAAGAUUGAAACUGUCUAGUUUUAAAUUAAGAAACAUUUUAUAUAACUAUAUAUCUAAUUUAAUAAUACUUGUGUCUGUGUCGAUUUUACUACUGAACUGCCUCUAUAGGCAGCACGAUAUGGGGGAAACAUUGUAACAGCCUUGACAGAUUUUUAGAUCCAAGAAAGAAAAAUAACUAUAACCUUUCUUAUUGUUGUACACACAUUGGCAUACAAAGUCUGUAUGUUUGUUCACUGAUGGAAAUGGUGAGAUUUUCAACUAGUGCCAGUGUGAUACGGCUGAGAAUGAGUUAAACCAGCCUAACUAUGUAAGGUUUCUCAAAACAGUUUGUCAAUCUUUGUAAUUUUGUGUUUUUAAGUUAUAAUAAAAAUAUUGGAUUGGCA